GUUCUGUCAAAUCAGGCGUGAGACUGAUGUUUAAAUCCAUGCAUGCAUUCUUGCACCGGGAAAAUAUUUGAAAAAGUUGUAUUUUUUGUUAGUUAUCUGCAUAAACUUUAAGUGAAAGUAAACCCGGUAAUCCACUAGAAUGAGCUACAAGUACGAAUGUGGUGACUUCUCACAGUUCCAGGAGCAACUAAAGCGGAUGCGCGAUCUCGACGAUAAGAUCAUCUACGCCCUGAACACCUCACUGCCUACGGAGUCCUUCAAGGGCCAGAUCGACUCCGAGGCCAAAUGUCGGGAUCUGAAGGGGAAGCUCGAUUCUGGCUAUGGCCACCGUCAGGAGGUAAUCAAAAAUUGUAUCCUGGUUUGCGCCGAUAACGUGAAACAGCUCAAGGAAAAGCGUGACGAGAAUCGGGACGACAUCGCGGUGGGAAAACAAUUCAAGACUGAGCAGCGAAAGUUGAGACUCUUCCAGGCGGAACUCAGCGUAGAGGAUAUUAUCCGAGAGCGAACGCAGAAAACGUUACGCGAACGUUGCCGUCUAUUUGUUAACGUUGAUUCGUUAUAGAAUUGUUGUUGCGUGCAAUACACAGAAUCACAACGGAAGCAUUUAUCGAGAAACAUUGAGUGAAACUGAUGCUUUUUGAAGACCGAAGCAAGACACAAAGUUUUUUUUUGUAGUGAAAGGCGUAGCUCCAGCAUCAACAGUUUUAUUACGAUUGUUAAUAGUUUAGAUUUUUCUUUCUUUUCGUUCGAAACCAGUAAAAACCUCACGAAAUAAAUAUCUGUAAAGAACUGUGUAAAAA